CAAAUUCCCAACCUCUUGGCAUUGGCAGUGGCAGUUGACGCCCUCCCCGUCUCCUCGAUCAGCGUCCGACCGCCAUGGGUGGCCUCAAGCUCCGGCGGCUGGCAUCCACCUUCCUCUCCCCAGGCCCCGCAUCCCCGGGCUCCGCGGCCGACGCGCACCACUCGGUGUGGCGCGCGACGGCUCACCACCCUAGCACGGCGCCGCCGUCCGCGCAGCACAUGGACGCGCUCCUGGCCUUCGGGCGGGGCUCGCGCCUCUCCGCCGCGUCGCUCGCCGCGGCGCUCGUGGACCGCCUGCGCGCCGCGGCUUCGGGGCAGGGCGACGCCGCCGUGGCUCUCAAGUGCCUCGUGGCGCUCAGGGUCCUCCUGGCGCGGGGCGCGUUCAUCCUCCGCGACCAGCUCCUCGCCGCGCUCGCCCGGCACCCGGCCUCCGGGCGCAACCCGCUCGCGCUGUCGUCGUUCCCGCUCGGCCGGUCCUCCUUCGCCGCCGCGUCGUGGGUCCGGUUCUCCGCGCGGCUCCUGGAGCUCCUCCUCCUGCUCCCGGACGCCUCCGCCUCCGCCGACGCCGACGCCGAGUACCUCACCGCGCUCCCCAACCCGCACCUGGUCGCCGAGCUCGCCGCCUUCGUGUCCGUCGCGGACGCCGUCCGCCAGGCCCCGCCGCCCCCGCCCUCGGGCCCACAGCCCAACGCGCUCAUCUGGGAGGCCGUCCGCCUCGCCGACGAGGACCGCGUCGCGGCGGAGCGGAGCAUCGUCGCGCGGGUCCAGGAGAUGGGGGAGCGCCUCGACACGCUCUCCCUGGCCGACGCCGUGGAGCUGGUGUGCGUGCUGCGGCGGGUGGAGGACGGCACCGCGUCGGAUUGCAAGUGGGCGGGGCUGGACGAGGGCGUCGCGCGCGCGGCUCGGGGCCUCCGCGAGCGCGCCGAGGAUGUGGUGCUGCGGAGGACGGUGGAGGAACGGCGCCUGGUGCGGAGGGACGCCGCGGGCAGCGCGUCCGCGCGCACCAUCCUGCCGAUCCGCGCCGCUGCUGGCGACGGCGGCGCCGUCCGGUUCGGGUCCACAAGGUGGGCUGGCACAGUUUCUGCGCCGCGUAGACGGUAGGACAACGUGUACAGUGUGCACUUCUUUUUUUUAGUUCUUCUCAUGGUUCACUCAACACGUUUCAAAUUCUUGUAAUUGCAGAUUUGCAGUCGAGAUUUUUUUGUUGUAAAUUUUUUGUUGUAGUGCUUGUUGUUGUGUUUGAUACAAAUGGCCAUGGUGUAAAUAUUGGGCGAGAACGUGAAUGGAAGCGCUUGCUACG